AUGAGGACUCAUCCUCCUCGGCAAUUGGCUCGGGACGAUGACUAUCAGAGCAAUCCUUUUGUCGCCGUACGAACAGGAGGAGGAGUAAGAGGUGGAGGGCGUAGAGGAGUAAGUGGUGGAGGGCGUGGAGAAGGUGGUGGUGGAGGGCGUAGAGGAGUAAGUGGUGGAGGGCGUGGAGAAGGUGGUGGUGGAGGGCGUAGAGGAGGAGUAAGUGGUGGAGGGCGUAGUGGAGUAAGUGGUGGACGCAGAGAAGGUGGUGCUGGAGGGCGUAGAGGAGGAGUAAGUGGUGGAGGGCGUGCACGUGGUGGUCGAAAACCACGCCCUCGAGAAACAUGUGAGGUGGAGGAGGUGUCGGGUGUACACUGA